AUGUCGUCCAACGGUGCGUCCGAGCGCGAGCCGCUCCUUUCCUCGGCCGCGGCCGCAUCCACAAGCCCCAACCGCCCCUCUGCGCUCUCUUCGACACGGCCGGCUGGCUACGACUCGAUCGAGGAUGGCGACGGCGCCGUGGCGUUCGACGCAGAGGAUGCGCUGCUCGACGAAGAGGCCGUCGCGCAGGAGAGCGCGUUCGCCGCCAUCCGCGAUGCUUCGCACGGCGUCGACCCCAACUCGUCCGCCUUUGCGCCACCUUGCGACCAGUCCCAGUUCAGCAUCAACCACUCACUCAUCGCCGGCUCGGCCAUCAAUGCAUCCGGCAUUGCAGUCGCAGAUGGCACGGCGCCCGAUGCAGCGCAGCCAGCCAUAAGGAGCGAUGUCAUUGUCAUUAUGAGCGCCAUGUGGAUCGGCACAUUCCUCGCAGCCCUCGACGGCACCAUCGUCGCUACUAUCCUCUCCACCGUCGGCUCCGAGUUCCGCGUGAGCAAGGAGAUCGGCUGGCUCGGUACCAGCUACCUCCUCUCCCAGACGGGCUUCCAGCCAUUGUACGGAAAGGCAUCCGACCUGCUCGGCCGCAAGCCUGCGACGCUCUUUGCAUCGGCCGUCUUCCUGAUCGGCUCGCUCCUCUGCGGUCUCUCACAGACGUUCUGGCAGCUGUGUGCCGCCCGCGCCAUCGCCGGUAUCGGCGGAGGCGGCCUGACCACCAUGUCGACCAUCGUCACGUCCGACCUUGUACCGCUCAAGUCUCGCGGCACAUGGCAAGGGUUGGGGAACCUCGUCUUUGCGACAGGCGCUGCGCUCGGUGGGCCGCUUGGAGGUAUGCUUGCGGACGGUGGACUCGGCUGGCGGUGGGCCUUCCUCAUCCAAGUCCCGCUCUGUGUCGUCCACUUUGCCGUCGUCUUCUGGAAGGUGGACAUUCCCGCUGGACCGGGCAGUAUGAUGGAGAAGAUCAAGCGCAUUGACGCACUGGGCGCCAUCACGCUCGUCCCAUCCGUUACCCUCAUCCUCGUCGCCCUCUCGCUCGGCGGCAAUGAGCGCGAGUGGAGCGACAAGCUUGUCCUCGGAUCACUCUUUGGCGGCCUCGGCGGCGCCGUCCUAUUCGUCCUCGUGGAGAAGUACGUCGCUUGCGAGCCGCUCAUGCCGCUCCGCGUGCUCUUCCGCCGCACACCAGGCUUCGUUGCCCUGACGGCGCUGUUUACGAGUAUGUCGCAGUUCGCGCUGCUCUUCUCCAUCCCGAGCUACUUUGCCGUCGUCGAGCAGACGUCCACGUCGUACGCCGGCCUGCACCUGAUCCCCAACUCAGUGCUCGCGUCGGCCUGCUCGCUUGGCUCGGGCCUCAUCAUGGCACAUACCGGCCGCUACAAAACGAUGCUGAUCAUCGUCGCCGCGUGCGGCUUCGUGGGUCCCAUGGCGAUGGCGACGCUGUGGCACCGCGGGCACACUAGCGAGUUUGUCUACUGGGCCAGUAUGCCGUUCGGCGGCAUCGGCUUCGGCGGCAUCCUGACCAUUACGCUCGUGGCGCUCAUCGCGUCCAUCGACCCGCGUGACAUGUCCGCCGCGACGGGCAUGGUUUACCUGUUCCGCGCCAUCGGCUCCAUCACCGGAGUCUCGCUGUCCCAGGCCAUUCUGCAGCUCCGCCUGCAGUCAACGCUCUCACGCGCCGGCCUGCCCAGCAAGAUCAUCCGUGGCAUCCGCGAGGAUGUCAACACUAUCCGCACCCUCCCGAGAGGCCUGCGCGAGGAGGCGAUCAACGCGUACGGUGCCAGUCUUAACACCGUCUUCAUCGGCAUUUUCCUCACCGGCUUCUUUGCCUUCCUGUGCACCUUUGCCGUCGAGGAGCACGCCCUGCCCGGCUCCCCAACCAAGCCGGCACCUGCGGCAGCGGCCUCUGCGCAGGCCCGCCCUAGAGAGCAGACGAUCGCGGAGGAAGAGGAAGAGGAGAACUAGACUCCAACCAGACACAACGCUCUGCUUUCCCCUAACGCUUCUUGCGGGCGGCUGACCUCACCGCCCUCACUCGUUAGAGGGUCCUUCCGAAGUACAUAAUAUCCUGAGUACAGCGCACUCACCCUGGUCCCAUCAAUUCGUUCCAGCUUGCUUGCACUUACUCAUCAUGUACACGUGUCUUACUUCAUCUCAGCACCACAUGCAUUUUCCAUGGUU